AGCCAACGGGUGCCAUCUCGACAUCGUUUGACACGACGUUGGCCAUCAUUACAGACGUCGUCAGCGAACAUUUCCCGUCGUGCUGACAACCAUGUCAUUCCGAACCAGUAUAUCCCGCACCUUCCGUACGCUUGCCACUGCCAUCGUCGUCGCCAUCGGUCGUCUCGACAAAUCCCUCUCCCCUUCAGACACAAUAAAUCGCCUCCGUUCUCACAAAUACACCUAUUCAGAUGCAAUAUAUAUCUUCCACCUCCUCCUUGCCUCGUUUUGGCUCACCAUCAUGGAAGUACCACCUUUCCCUUACAAACUCAUCAUCCCAAUCCUUUACUCCAUCGCUCUCCUCAUACCCUUUACCUGCCAAUUCUUCAUUCCCGCAACACCCAUCUUUGCUUGGGUCCUUUCCUUCUAUUCUAACCGUUUCAUCCCAUCCCCCUACCGUCCAUCUGUCCACGUCGCACUUCUCCCAACACUAGAAUCGGUUCUCUACGGCGCUAAUGUAUCAGACAUCCUCACCCGAUUUACACACCCUCUCCUCGACAUCAUCGCUUGGAUUCCCUACGGCGUCCUCCACUACACCCUCCCAUUCGUCGUCGCAUUCUUCAUCUGGCUCUUCCGAUACCCGCUUGUCCUCCGCACAUGGGCAAAAACCUUUGGUUAUAUGAAUCUCAUUGGCGUACUCACCCAAAUCAUACUGCCUUGCGCUGCACCAUGGUACGAGCUCAUAUAUGGUCUUACUCCAGCAUCGUAUGCGACCCCAGGCUCAGCAGGCGGCCUGGCACGCAUUGACGCCAUCUUCCACUCCAAUGGAUACCAAGCUACAUUUGCUUCCUCUCCUCUCGUGUUCGGUGCUUUCCCUUCCCUCCACGCGGCAUGGGCUACCCUCGAAGCACUCUUCCUCUCCCACUAUUUUCCCCACAUGUCGAAAGUAGUAUGGAUAUACGCCGGAGUUCUCUACUGGAGCACCAUGUACCUGACGCACCACUACCUCAUCGACGUCGUAGGCGGUGCGUGUUUAGCUGUUGCUGCGUUCUAUGGAUUUUUCCCUGAAGAGCUGAGGGAUAAACGUGCGGCUGUGGCGAGACCGUUUAGAGUGGGGAGAUCCAAGUAUGAAGUAUAUGAUCUCGAAGAAAGGAGAGGAAUAGUAGAGGAAUUUGAGGAGGAAUUCGCGAGUGAAGAGAGUACGAGGUCAGAGGAUGGGGAAGAGGAUGGGAUCACGUUCC